UUAAUAAGAGAAAUCGGAGAAGGGUUUGUUUUGUGGUUUGUAAGUUCAUCGUUCAUUCUCUCUGCUACUGUUCUCUUCUACGCAUUCCUUCGCAUAAAAUACAUAAAAUUAAAAAAAUAUAAAUAAGUAAAUGCAAGGUGGAGGAGGGGAAGAGGUGAGCAUAGAAGAGCUGGCCUCAAAUCUCGCUACCUACAAGGAUCAGCUUCUUCAGGUCAGACAGAUAUUGGUUGAUGAUCCUGGAAAUUCUGAAUAUGUGGACAUGGAAAGGGAGCUUAAAGAGGUGAUUGCUUUGACAGAAGAGCUCCUUGCAACUGCAAAGCAAAAUGAUAUUUCUGGAUCAAAUACUGGGAGAAGUGGUAGGACAUCCCCAAAUAUGCUCCUGUCCGAGAAUAAUAACAUGGACUCAAGAAGCAUUUUUUAUAAUCACGAAAAUUUUCCUAUUGGCACAAAAGUUCAAGCUGUUUGGAGUGAAGAUGGGGAGUGGUAUGAAGCAAUGAUUGAGGCACAUACUCCGAAUGGCUAUUAUGUUUGUUAUGAUGGAUGGGGGAAUAAAGAAGAGGUGGAUCCUGCUAAUGUAAGACCAAUUCAAGAGGGGGUCAUCAAUGCUUUGACUGAAGCUGAGAGAGCAGCUGAAGCUACCAAACAAGCUAUCAAGCGUAAGAUUGCACUGGCUGCUGCCACGGACUUCCAGUCACGGAGUUUACCAGCAAAACUUCAUAUAGAUCCUGAUGACCCAGAGGACGUGAAAGCUGCGAAGCGUAAGAAGAUACAUGCUUUUAAGUCAAAGAUGCGGUUUGAGCAACUUGAAGUCACACAGAAUAAGCGGCAAAAUGCUUGGCAGCAGUUCCAGUCCACCAAAGGCAAGACUAAGAAGAUUGGUUUCUUUUCGGGGCGCAAACGGGAAAGUAUCUUCAAGUCUCCUGAAGACCCACAAGGUAAGGUUGGUGUUACUGGAAGCGGAAAGGGUUUAACAGAGUUCCAAAAGAGGGAAAAGCAUUUGCAUCUCAAGGGAGCGACCGUUGAGACUGAUGAUUAGCUUAGAUUUCCCAUUUCCUCACUCUGCUUAGUCGAACUCCUAAGCAAACUAUGGAGUCUUAUAACAGGAUGUACGACUCACUGAUCGUUCAUGGAGAUAAGCUUUUUAUCGUUUUUAAUUAAUUAAAGCUUUUAGCACGA